UUCUUCCUUGGAUAACGUUGGCAGACUCUUGUUCCGCGGGACUAACGCGGAAGUUGUAAUGUGUAUCACUCUUGGAUUUGUUCUUGGAAAAAACGACCCAGCUUGUAAAAUAAGGGGGGUUGAACAUUUGGGAAACAUUUUUUUCUUGGACUGCUGACGCGUCCACCGGCUCUGCUGUGCUGGAGGACCGUGGCAUCUUCCACCAUGUUACUUCGCUUUCUAGUUUUAGGGGCCUUGGUUUUCCAGGUUGAAUGUUACUUUUCGGAGGAAAUGUAUCCGGAGGAGUCGAAGAUGCAGCUUCCUACCGUGGUUUUCGCUAUUAUAGCCCGAAACAGUGCUCACUCCCUGCCCUACUACCUCGGAGCUCUGGAGAGACUCAACUACCCCAAAGAUCGCAUCUCUGUGUGGGCAGCCACGGAUCACAAUGCAGAUAACACCACAGCCAUACUGAAAGAGUGGCUUACUGUUAUGCAGAAAUACUACCAUUAUGUUGAAUGGAGACCAAUGGAACAGCCAACGUCCUAUGCAGGAGAGUUGGGUCCUAAGCAUUGGCCCAACACCAGAUAUGAGUAUGUGAUGAAGCUGAAGCAGGCAGCACUCAACUUCGCCAGGAAACGUUGGGCUGAUUACAUCCUGUACGCCGACACAGACAAUAUCCUCACCAACCCAGAAACCCUCAACCUGAUGAUAGCAGAGAACAAGUCAGCUGUCGCUCCCAUGCUCGACUCUCAGGGAGCAUACUCCAACUACUGGUGCGGUAUCACUCCACAGGGAUAUUAUCGCCGAACAGCAGAGUAUUUCCCAACGCGUCACCGUCACAGACUGGGCUGCUUCGCUGUGCCAAUGAUCCACUCCACCAUGCUGCUGGAUUUAAGGAAGGAAGGCAUGAAGAAACUGGCCUUCUUCCCUCCUCACAAGGACUACUCGUGGCCCUACGACGACAUCAUCGUGUUCGCCUUUUCCUGCCGAGCUGCAGAGGUACAGAUGUACCUGUGUAACAAGGAGCGCUACGGCUACCUGAACGUCCCAGCCAAACCUCAACACACCUUGGAAGAUGAUCGCCUCAACUUCGUCCAUGUCCAUCUUGAGUCCAUGAUCGAUGGUCCUCCUAUGCACCCCUCACGAUACGUCCAUGUGUUCCCCAAACAGAGAGAUCUCAUGGGCUUUGAUGAGAUAUAUCUGAUUAAUCUGCGACGGCGUCCUGACCGUAGAGACCGGAUGUUGUUCUCUCUGAAUGAGCUGGAGAUUGACGUCAAGGUGGUGGACGCUGUGGAUGGAAAUGCACUGAACAGCAGUGACAUUAAGCUCCUGGGUGUGGACCUGUUGCCAGGCUAUUAUGACCCGUUCUCUGGCCGCACCCUGACCAAAGGAGAGGUGGGCUGCUUCCUCAGCCACUACUUUAUCUGGAAGGAGAUGGUGGACUUGCAGAUGGACAAGGCGCUGCUGUUUGAAGACGACGUCCGUUUCCAGGCCAACUUCAAACGACGAGUCCUCCGACUGAUGGAGGAGGUGGAGCAGGUGGAGCUCGACUGGGACAUCAUAUACUUUGGCAGGAAGCAGGUGAAUCCUGUCAAGGAGGAGGCGGUGGAGAACGUUCACAACUUGGUAAUGGCCGACUACUCGUACUGGACUCUGUCCUACGCCAUCUCCCUGCAGGGUGCCCAAAAACUACUCAACGCUGAGCCACUGUCCAAGAUGCUUCCUGUCGAUGAAUUCCUCCCCAUCAUGUAUGACAAACAUCCCAAUGAAGACUACAAGUCCCAUUUCCCCAACAGAAACUUAGAAGCCUACAGUACACGCCCCCUUUUGGUCCAGCCCUGUCACUACGCUGGUGAUCCCCAGUGGGUGAGCGACACGGAGACGUCGACUCUGUGGGACGAUGACGCUGUACGCACCGAUUGGAGGGGUUCCCACAAGACCCUGAAAGGGGCUGCGCCGGCACCCGACAUGCUGUCAGCCUCCUACAGGGAUGAACUUUAGUGCAGAGCAGACGUAGCUGUAGAGAAACUGCAGGUCAAAAGGUCACGAGAUCAGAGAAACAGAUGCUGAGAAGCGAACGUUUCCCAGACUUUAUUUCAUUCCACUCUGUGUCCACACUAACAUACACAGUGUCAUUCAAACGGGACUUUUUUCAAAGCAUGUCAGCAAGUGUAUGGCACAAGAUAACUUUUUUCCAGAGGGAAACAAUAUAGCGGACAUGUAAAACAAUGGGUGUUUUAAUACUAAUACUUUAAUAGUUUAUAGUGUUUGUAUGACUGAUGUCAGCAGAAUUUUUGUUUGAAUGUAUGCUUGUGAUGGUUUGUGUGCUUUUUGAUGAUUGCAUGUUUAUAAUGCUAAUUACACAGCUUUUUAAAGGAGGCUUUACAAGAACUUUUAUCUGUUAAUCUGUUGAGCACUGACUGAGGCUCCAGUAGCUGCACUGUUCACAACUCCUGACAAGUCUGGACAAAAGUCUGCUGUUGUUAUUGCUAUUAUUUCUUUCCCCCCCUUGUUGUUAUAUCUGUCUGUCUAUCCAUUACUCCAUUUGUGCAUGUCUUCCAUCGGGACUGUUAAAAGAUACAUUUGUAUUUAACACAAAGCUACACUGACCCUAAUUAAUGUUUCCAUUGGCUUCAUUACCAGUUUUACCAGUUUGUACCUCAUGGUUUCUAGGGACAGUAUAAAACUGUUUCAUUGGUGCCAGAUUAUAUUCAGGAAAUCUUCUGUUAGUGAAACUAACACAUUGAAUGUUGAAUUUAAACAAUUUUAGCUUCUUCUUUUUAAAUAUUAAGUUAUUGAUAAACUGAAAUAGCAUUGACUCAUUAGACUACGUUUUGGCUGUGUUUUAAUACUUUUUACAUUUCACAUUUUGCUACAAAAAUUGGAUUUCAAGGUCAGGGUUUGUAUAAUAUUUAUUUAGCACUCCUAAUUCUACCACCACCAGAACAUCUUUUCCACUUUGGCUUUUUAAUUUUAUGUUUUUGGAAGUAUUGAACAGUAUUUAUAUAGACUGAGAAAUAAUAUAUGUAUUGUUCUUAAAGUUAUAGUGUGUACUUUCUGUUGCCCCCAUGAGGAAUUCUAAGUAAUGACAAAAAACACUGUUGACACAAGCCUUUGGUGAUCGUGCACCAACCGCACCCCUCCUCCACACAGUUGCUAGUAGCACAACAAUAUUAGGUUGAGUAAAUGAAAUCGCAAUAAUUCCUACUCCUAAUACGUUACAAAACCCAUUACUAACUUGUUCAAGAGCAGUAAGGCAACAUCCGUGUCUGACCUCGGCCCCUUUUCAGCGCUCUCCAAACAGGAAAAGCCACACCAAUGAUUAUCCGUAUUUGUCUUCGCCAUCAGUCACUUUCUUUUUUUUGAUUUUAGUCCUGCUGAAUGUGUAAGUCUUUUCUCAGCAGUACAAUCAUUGAAUGAAACAUUACUUGGGUGCUUUCUUCAGGUGUAUGUGGUUUCAGGCUAUUCAAAUUGACCGUAUACAAUUGUAUAUCCUCAGCACUGUAAUACUGUCGUGGACACAUUUCAUAUAUGGUGACUACUUUUGUCAAAAUCCUUUAAAAUAAACAAGUCAUUUUGGGAAAUAUUUGCAUAAAAUCAAUGCAGCAUGUUGAGAUGUUGGCAUUGUAGUCUAACUUUGGUUCACCUGAUUUUUAGCAUUCGUCCAGUUUUUUGAGUGCUGCUACUUUUUUGGAGAAGAACCAGCUACUUUCCUGUGCUACAUUUUGUGUUACAAGAUGACUCCAGACGUGUAGCAGAAGUCUGUAAAAGCCAUAUUAAAACACAGCCUUUAAUAACCUUUCUGUAGCAUCAUUGGGAUCCUUAAUGUUUUGACAAUUUGUCAGCAAAGGGUUGCAAUGCAAGUAACUGAUGUUGUAAUUCUGAUGUCCCUCAUGAAUUUAAAUCACGAUGAAUAAGUUACUCUAAACUUAUAUUACAUUCAGCAGUCUUCAUAAGCAUUUAUGAUGAUCUGAUUUCACGUAUUUGUUUUCUGUCUGUGAUUAGGAGUGUUGCUUUUCCUUCAUAUGUCUUAAAUUAUUUGUUGAGUCUUCCUUGAUGUGGUUGAUGGAUGAGUUACAAGACAUGAUGUAAAGCAAGCAAUCAAAGUGCAAUGGCUUUUCUGCCAAAAGCCUCUCUCUCUCUCUGAGCAAUAAAUUUGUAUUCAGAUGUUAUAAAACAUGAUAUUAGGACAACUGUGUAGAAAACGUUAAUAAAAAAAUUAGUUUUUACACUUUC